GGUGGAACAGAACCAUCCGGGAAGUGCCCACGGACCAAGCCCAGGUCGUCACCCCCUGGCAGCAAAACGCGAUCACGGCCAAGGGCAUGGGCUACGAAACCACGAGCCCCCAGAUUGCUUCCAAGAUCAAGGAGUGGCUGCAACCGUUUUUGGGCGCCGUUUGCCAGAACCCCAUGACGUGCCCCGACUGGAUUAACUUCCACUUCUACAUUAUGGAAGUGUCAGAAUCGAAAUUUACAAAAUCGAAAAAUUUGUGAUGCGCAAAAUCGAUGUCAGUUGGAGCCUCAGUUUCCAAGUGGCGCAUGACAAAUUUGGGCAGCACCCAAAUCCAGUCUGUCAUGCUGUUUAGGCAAAGAAGACUGCUCCCGUCAUGCUACUCUGGCAGCGUAUUGCCUACCCCUAAACAGGCUUGCAAUGGGUCUCAUUUUCCUGCUCCGCAAUACAGGUUAUCAGUGCCUUACAUUUUGCGCAUCACAAAUUAUUUCGAUUUUGUCGAUUUCGAUCCUGACACAUCCAUAUACAUUAUGGGCUGCACCACCGAUGUCACUGGGCUGCAGGAAAAGUUGCAGGAGGUGCUUGACGUGGUGAAGCUCUACCCUUUAUCAUUUGCAAAUAUGUCUGGGUCUGGAACAAGAUUGAAACUUGUGAUGCUGUCUUUGGAUUCUAUUUCUACUACAUAAAAUCUGUAUUGCAUGAACUGCAAAAGGGGUCCAGUUUUCGCGACGCGGAGAGGGAAUUUCUCAUGCGGUAAGGGUAUCAGGAAGCAUUUACAAAAUCUGUGAUGCUAGAGUAUGCAUGACAGACAUCAUGGGUGGUCAUCCAAAAUAUGCAUGACAGACGUUGAAUUCUUCCAGACCCAGACAUGUUUGCAAUGCAUACCCUUCCAUCAAGGGCGCGCUGCUCACCGAAGUGGGUUUGUUGCAAAGCCACCCGGGAGAGACGUGUGACGGGAAUACCAUCCAAAAGGCCAUGACCAACAUGUUUCAGGCCCUGGACGAGGUGAAGAUGCCCAACGACCCUGCGAAACCCUUGGUGCAGUAUAUCUUAUGCAUUGCAAAAAUGUCUGGGUCUGGAAGAGAGCAAGUUUGUCAUGCAUAUUUUGAAUGACCCAUGAUGUCUGUGAUGCAUGCUCUAGCAUCACAGAUUUUCCGAGAGCUUUGUGAUGCCUCUACCGCAUGAGAAAUGUCCUCUCCGCGUAGCACAAACUGGAGUCCUCUUGCUGGUCAUGCAAUACACUUGUUUUUGGAAUUGAGACACAGCAUCACAAGUUUAGAAUCUUCCAGACCCAGACAUUUUUACAUUUGAUAUAUCUCCUGGUUUAACAAGAUCAACACCGGCAAGAGUUUCGACCUGAGUCUGGUGGAGGCGGGGACGGGGAUAUCAAAAGGAAAAAUCUCCCCUCUCCAUCAAAUUCAAAUUCAAAUUGUGUUCACUGGCUGGCUGUGGGUGGUGGUUGGCGGUGGCCUCUUAUCAUGUGGCUCGAUAGAACGGUGGCCUCUUAUCAUGUGGCUCGAUAGUUCACGACGCUUAGUGCAUCGCGAGACUCUACCCUGGGCUAACGUUCUCAAUCCCGAGGGGAGUCACGGUAAGAAAAUUCUCGCUAGGGUCUUAGGGGCACAAAUUGGAUAGCGUUUCACUCGCCCAGACCGAAGCUAUUUCUAACUACGAGCCAACUCGGGUUUCUUCUCGCAGUGAACCUCACAUCAACAUCACUGCCACCCAGCUGGGAGCCGCCGCUUCGUCUAGCCGUCGGCAACUGGCCCACGGCCAAUCUGCUAGACGCGCGCUGUCUUCCCGGCCCCACUGGGGCAGUUACGUGCCCCUGCUACUUACGCGGACGCGAUCUGGCGCCGCUGCCGCAACGUCCGGAUGCGUUCGACGUCGGCCGACGGGUUCGCGAUGAGCUCCGCCCGUGCCUCUACCGCCGCCUCGACCGCCUCCUCUGCCGUAGCGUAGAGCUCCGGAUGGAUCGUGCGGGAGAGCGGGUAGGGCUCCUCCUCCCCCGGGACCUUAACCCUCGCACGCGCAACGAGCUUGCCCCGGGGCGCGUCGUACGUGACCCCGACCGGCAGGGCCUUGCUUGCCCCCUGGAACUCCAGCGCCUGCUUGACCCUUGGCGGAUCCUCGGUGUGCUUUUUGCGCUCCAGCGGCUUCUGCGCGGAGGGCUGCACGGCCUCUGGCUGGGGGAAGCAGGCGCGGAACCUCGCCUCUGUCUCCCGCUGCUGGAUCUUGCGCAUGUGCACAAACGCAAGGCGCAGCGACCCGAGCCUCUUCGGCGGCAACCGUGGCUCCGGCCGGCAUUCGUCGCAACUGCACUCAAUGCCGGUAACCCGCCAGUCGUAGUCGCGCGGAGACAGGUCGCCCUGGAGGUACAGGUCGGCAGCAGCCAGUGUAGGCGAGACCACAAAACACGGAAAGUCUAACACCUCCCGAACUAUCGAAGCGUACUGCUGCUGCACAUCGUCGCAGGGGGGCGCCGGCCUGUCGAUGAUGUCAGCGAUGCGCUGCGUCCCUACAAAGUCCAGGAGCCGUGACAGGGUGGUCGGGUUGCCGUCUUUGUCCUUCUCGCCGACACUCGCCAGCGCGGCGUCUUUGACCUCUUUGCAAACAUCAAUGUCGCCAUCCUCGAUCUGCGUCGCCGGCCACCGACCUGCGCCGGAGCGCACACUGGGCAUGGCGGCAAUGCAGCUCGUGGGCUAGAACGUCGGCUGUACCCGGGUCGGGCGAGAGGUCUUGCUGCUGCAGAGGGCGGCAGUCGUAAUGGGACUCCAGCCCCACCGAACGCGCGGGUGACGGUGCCAGGGUGCUGCGGAAGUCGCACGCCGGGGCCCCCUUGCAGCCAGCGGUAUGGCGUGAGAAGGUCGGCCUCGACAUCUGCCAGAGCGGAUGUGAGCUGCCGCCCACCAUUCGUCCAGGGAAUCCCCGCGGACGAUUGCGUGUCGUACCACGUCCGGAACGAGCGCAGGUCCGCGCGCGGGGACUGACCGAUGUUUCUGAUGCUGGAUUUGCGUACACAAACCAGAUUUGUCUUGCUGGAGAGGCCUGCAGACCCAAAUCAAGCCUGAGUAGAGAGGCUUUGGCCUAGGCGCUUAGCAUGAAAAGCGUCUGUGCUGUAGUCGCAACAGCAUGACAAACCGCCUGCAAAGUGCGGCGGUUGUCUGUGGAGUUGCCUUCUUGCAAGACAGACGCGAUUUGUGGUCGCAAAUCAGCAAGAUAAAUUUUCGAAAACGUGCCCUGUCAAUAUGGGGAGGGGGGAUCUUUCCUCGCGAUAGGGCAACGUAACGGAUUUGGGCCGGGUGUACGCGGGCUUGUGCAGUAAAAAGCAGGAAUAUAUGAACAGCGUUUCAAAAUAAGAAUCGAUGAUCUUCCAAAUGGAUCUUCCAAAUGGAGUGGACCUAACGUACGGAAGAUUAUCGAGACCUGAAACAUCUGAUGACGAGACGGGCAUCUUCAAAUUGAAAUGCGCGAGGACCUGGCUUCCGACCACGAACUCCUAAAUUCUAAAGUUGGAUUUUUGUGCGUGUGCCACUAGUGGAAGUAUUUGGAGGACCUGUCUGGGGUCAAUUAUCGUAUAAAAAAAACAAAGAAAGCGCGGCUUCUACAUGCGCGUAGUUGCGUAGCAAUGCGACCGUCGCACAUCGAUCAUUCAUCCUGAAGAUCGGAUGGCCCUGUGCUUGUGUUUUGAGAAUUUGAAAAAUACAAGAAAUUAAAAUUUGUACGCACUGCCGUGACUCAGCAAAGAACCACCUGACGAGCCACGGUAAUUCUUGAAAUUGCCGUGAAGUUGGGACGUCUUUACAAAUGUAAGUCCUGUACGCGCUUGAUAACUCCCUGUGUAGUAGAGAACUACUUGACCUAGACAGGGAAAUUAUAACUUCGAACUGCAUAGGAUUUAUAUUCAUUUUCGCAGCUCUGACGCGUGGCUCCAUUUUUUAAUGAAAACUGUAGGGAAAUAACAACAAGGGUAUGAAAGCACAAGCGGAUCCUUGUGAGUGAACUACACUCGCAAGGAGGAGAAUUGAAGACAGCAGGGAGGACGGUGCCGAUGAAAGUCGGGUUUUGCACGGACCGGCUUUUUACUUACUGUUACAACGUAGGCCAAAAAAAUCCAAG